GUUGCAUCACUACACGUGAAGUUGGAGUCGCCGUUCCGGCUGGUUUUUCGCCGAAAUUCCGCAUUCUACGACAAGAAAUGCUGGCCGCUUCGAGAAUCUUGACCCGCGGUUGCGUCGGAGUGUCCUGCGACAUAACCAGGAGGCAACAAUUCGGCACCAUCCUGAAAAAUGUUGCUGCCACUCCUUCGAUUUUGUCGCUACAAAGGCCUAAUGAAUUGUACCAGUAUCGGUACAAAUCGGAAGGCGUUAAGGGGGCAGUUAUAGGUAUUGAUUUAGGAACGACAUUUUCAUGUGUCGCGGUAAUGGAAGGAAAACAAGCUAAGGUCAUUGAAAAUGCGGAGGGCUCGAGAACGACACCAUCUUUUGUUGCAUUUUCGAAAGAUGGAGAGCGUCUUGUUGGAAUGCCUGCCAAGCGUCAAGCAGUCACAAAUUCAGCAAAUACUUUCUACGCAACUAAACGUCUUAUUGGAAGGAAGUUUGAUGAUUCUGAAGUAAAAAAAGAAAUGAAAACUGUUUCAUACAAAAUUGUUCGGGCGUCUAAUGGAGACGCGUGGGUUCAAGGAGGUGAUGGGAAGAUGUAUUCUCCUAGUCAAAUUGGUGCUUUCAUUUUGAUGAAAAUGAAAGAGACAGCCGAGGCAUAUUUGAAUACUUCGGUAAAGAAUGCAGUCGUAACUGUACCUGCAUACUUCAAUGAUUCUCAGAGACAAGCAACUAAGGAUGCUGGACAGAUUGCUGGUCUAAAUGUUCUUCGAGUUAUCAACGAGCCGACGGCAGCUGCGCUGGCAUACGGCUUGGAUAAAGCUGAGGAUAAAAUCAUAGCAGUAUACGAUCUUGGAGGCGGUACCUUCGAUAUCUCAAUUCUAGAGAUUCAAAAGGGUGUUUUCGAGGUGAAGUCAACUAAUGGUGACACGUUCUUGGGUGGUGAGGACUUCGACAAUGCCUUGGUCAAUUUUCUCGCUGGCGAAUUUAAGAAAGACCAAGGCCUAGAUGUAACGAAAGAUGCCAUGGCGAUGCAGCGACUCAAAGAAGCUGCUGAGAAAGCGAAAAUCGAAUUGUCCAGUUCUCUGCAAACUGACAUCAAUCUUCCAUACCUGACAAUGGAUUCCAGUGGGCCAAAACAUUUGAAUCUCAAACUGUCAAGAAGCAAAUUUGAGAGUUUAGUAGGCGAACUGAUUAAGCGAACGAUUCAACCCUGUCAGAAAGCCUUGUCAGAUGCAGAGGUUUCCAAGUCUGACAUCGGUGACGUCUUGCUGGUUGGAGGAAUGACCAGAAUGCCAAAAGUUCAACAAACAGUCCAGGACAUCUUCGGACGACAACCUUCUAGGGCAGUCAAUCCUGAUGAAGCCGUUGCUGUUGGAGCUGCCAUCCAGGGAGGUGUACUUGCUGGAGAUGUAACCGAUGUGCUCCUCCUCGACGUCACUCCUCUCUCAUUGGGUAUCGAAACUCUUGGAGGCGUGUUUACCAGGCUGAUCUCUCGCAACACGACAAUUCCCACAAAGAAGAGCCAAGUUUUCUCGACGGCGGCUGAUGGCCAAACCCAGGUGGAAAUCAAAGUUCACCAGGGUGAACGAGAAAUGGCUAACGACAACAAACUCCUGGGACAGUUUACACUUGUUGGCAUUCCCCCAGCGCCGAGAGGAGUUCCGCAAAUUGAAGUUACAUUCGAUAUUGACGCAAACGGGAUUGUACACGUCUCUGCAAAGGACAAGGGCACUGGCAAGGAGCAACAAAUCGUCAUCCAGUCAAGCGGAGGUCUUAGCAAGGAUGAGAUCGAAAACAUGGUGAAGAAUGCCGAGCAGUACGCCAAAGAGGACAGAGUUAAGAAGGAUAGAGUGGAAGCUGUCAAUCAAGCCGAGGGAAUUGUCCAUGACACCGAAGCUAAGAUGGAGGAGUUCAAGGCGCAGCUACCUCAGGAAGAGAGCGACAAGCUGAAAGACUUGGUAGCAAAGAUGAGGGAAACCCUGGCGAACAAGGACAGCAUAGACCCCGAAGAAAUCAAGAAGCAGACCAACGAGCUCCAGCAAGCCAGUCUCAAGCUCUUCGAGAUGGCGUACAAGAAGAUGGCCGCGGAACGAGAAGCCAGCGGCCAGGGCGCGCAACAACAACAGGAACAACCCGAGGGCGAGAAGAAGGAAGAGAAGAACUAAAUCUCUUAGUCAGCCUUGUCGAACGAAACGUAAUGGACAUUUCGCGUAUCAUAAGUUCCCAGAUUGCCGUCGUGAGACUUUAACACAAAUGCACAGAAGCUAUUUCCGGUGUUGAGCUAUCGACGCCACUAUUUUAGGGUACAUUGGAGUACUAGUUCGUACUAGUCACACGUCGGCACUAGAUCGGCGAGAGAACGACGGCGAUUGGGACGAUGAAGUGUGUUCGCGGUUACAAGUCCACGAGAAGGUGAAAUAUCUUCCCUCGCGGAAAUCGACGCGGUUGAGGUCGAAAUUCGAUGGCUCGCUUCGUGCUGAUUCGAGGUCGCGUUUCUGGAAUUCUCAGGGCUAAACUAGGUGUCGAGAGAGAAAAAAAAAGAAAUCUGGAUGGAAUAAGACAAGGUGUGAGUUUGAAACAAUUUGAUAUACUCUGGAGACAAGUUUCAUGAACGAGAAUUCUUUGACGCCACAUUCACGUUCCCUUAACUACCUUUCGAAAAUACCGCACCUGGUGAUUCGGGCUUCGUUUUACGUACCUUGGUUCUUAUCAAGGAAGUUCAUGAUUCUUGUAUACCUAAUUUCGCCUCGUGGUCUUCCGUUAACGAGAAUCCAAUCGCCAAAGAACAACUGCACAAAUAGUUUGCCGAGAAACGAGCCCUGGUAAUAAUCGACACCCUCUGCGUCCACGCGAUAAAUACUUACUCUUGGGUAACAACCGAGUUUCGCGCUCAGAUGUACUUGGCGCGGUACUCGACCGAGUUUCUUGACCAAGGACACUUCUUAUAUCCGAGGAAAAUUAAGCCGCAUAUGCUCUGCCGUUUGAAACGUUUAUGUAAAUUAUGUACAUAACUGAUUGUGCCGCUCGCAUCGGCCGAGACAUUCGCGUCCUACUCGACGUGCGGCAUUAGAGGGGAAGAGAAAAGACAUUGUCCACGAUUCGGAUGUCCAUCCCUUGAAUAUUUAAUCAUCACUGAUUAAUCAUCUUUCAGUUCUGAAUAUCGGAAUCAAUGUUUGCCCUAUAGGCAUUUAAGGCGAUGUGUGGAAAGGGGUCUUGUUUAUGAAAAUUUGUUCUAACUGGGUGUACCGAAUCGUUGGAAAUUUUACCUCGUGAUUACGAAGACCCCGAGGAACAAAAACUCCUCCCGGUUUACCGCGACCAGGAUUGAAGGAACGACUUUUAAUGCUGCAGGUUGAGUUAGGGGGGGAAGGAAAAGAAACACGGUUACUCUAUGAGCUUCUUUACCAGAGCUUGGACUAGUGGGUCGGUCCCUGGACAUCGAAAACCUAAUUCCACUGUGCUAACGACGAAACUAACUCCUCGCUUUCAUUGCCGUUACUUGGAGAACGUAAUUUCCUGGAUAUUUCAAGUGGCCUAGUCGCGUCAUCCUGGCAUCGUGCCACUUAGCCUUUGUUCAAACUGGCAAACCAACUAGCCAACUAGCUGGUAAAUCAUUCAGAAGUCUCCCCAGAAGCCUAGUUAGGAUACGAGCGGAUUUGAUGCUUGGUAGUACGCUAGCUAACCGGUGGCGACGCUGCAAUCAUCUUAUCUCGGUUAAGAUGAUGUGAAAGUGGCGUCGAAGAGGUCUCGUUUAUGAAACUUUUCUCCGAACUGGGUGUACCGAAUCGUUUCAAACUUUACAACGUGAAUCUGGAAGCUAUAAGGAAGGUUUUGGUGCCCAUAAAAUGUCGAUGUCUGAAAAAUUUCCUCAUAGAAGUUUUAAAAAUUUUUCAUAAAAAUUGAAAUUUUAUGGGUCGCAGGGAGAGACUGGCUUUUAGAGUCUCUAUGUUCACGUGGUGGAGUUUGAAGGUUUUGAUACAAUCAGUUUGGAGAAAAAUUUCAACGGAGGCCUCUUUGACGUCACUUUCAUAUCAUCUUAAGUGAUAACAUCGGAUCUGGGCUUCCAUGAGAACUUCUGAACUCUUUGUAGCCUCAUCGCCAUUCAAGUUAGUUUUAAACAAUGGUAUAUCGUAGCGCUUUCGAGAGUAGGUCCAGUGAUUUUUGUAAAUUCGAUUUUUCAUAUUAUCACGAGAGAUAAGGAGGGGUCUAGAAAUUAGGCGUGUGGGUGCACGGUCGCGAGGAUUCUUUCAUUAUAUUUUUAUUUCCCCGUUGCCCGUUUAUUGUGUAGCCUAUCCAGUGCGUGAAUGGGACGAUUAUAUACGUGGACGAAAGUGAAAAGAGUGCAUGGUAGAGAAAGGUACAUAGAAUAAGCGGAAAUACAUGAUACGUGUACGUAGGUUCUAAGCACCGCGGUAUUAGAGGUGACAAUUGUAACGACCCGGGGUCCACCAAUCUUUUUUUAUUCGAGAAUCCGCGCCGGGAACUAUACUACGUGUUUCUUUUCGUUGUGUUGUUCAAUAAAUCGUUUCAAAUUUUUCACCGGCUUGUCGGCAGGAGGUGUGCGAAAGAAUUUUUAGGUUAUCUCGAUGCGCGAGGUAACUAAAAACUAAACAUUGUCUGAUUUUAACGUCAGGCUGGAUCGAAUGGAAUAUUGCUUCAUAUAUGAAGUUGGUACGUUAAUAAAUACGUACAGUGUUAUAACAUGGUAUAUUAUACAAAAUGCUCGAUUAUCCCUCGAAACUUCUGCUGAAGGAAUAUUUUUGUCGAUACUUUCCAGCCUGACAAUGGUGAAUGGGUUAUAUCCAAGCUGCGAUUAGUUUUUGAUGUAAGUUGACGAAUGUACGGCCAUUAAAAGAGCUGUAAAAUA